CUUGGGCAAACACAACAGGCCAGGUAUAAAACAGUUGACAAGCUGAAGACGGUAUUGCGUCGCUUGAGUCUCGAGUAUCAACAAGCACAUUGAAGCGUACAGGGAUGUAACUCUAUGCACACAAGGUUCGUCGUCCUUACAGUUUCAUAUUUUUUAACAAAGCUUUAAGGUUGUGUGAAAACGGUUGUUACAAAGGUCACGACGUCGUGAGGCCCCAACUGUGGACGCAGAUUCAACAUGGCGGACGCCACUUCUGCUGUUGUUGUUUGGUUAGCCGCCUGUUUGUUGAUAGUCUGCCAAGUUCGGCUGACGUCAGGCACUGGCCACGCCGAGGUCCACUUUACCUACUACACCAGUACCUGUCGGGAGGACAUCAAUGACAACAGAUGUGACCCCAUGUUUACAUUUUGUCUUAGUCGACCCCAAACUGGGAGUGUCACACUGAGCAGCUCUGUAUGUGUGUAUGGGGUAACUGGGCAGAGUGGCUACUACCAGGACACGGGUAGCAUCAACCUGGAGGGUCAGACCAGCAUCAAGGGUCUCAGUAACCCAUGGGUCGUGUCUGUCAAUAGGUUCCAUGAGUCUGCCAUCAUGUUGGUGGUCAAGGUGGUCGAUGAUGACACGUUUGGGUCUAAUGACCACUUGAUUACGUGGGGCUUAAGGGUGCAGCCAACCAUUGCAGCCUCCAAGGAGGAGUCCCAGUGGUCAUCUCAUGUGAUGAGCAGUAGUGGACAUGAAAUGCGGUUUAAAAUCCGCCUGUACUGUGACCCCUACUACUACACCAGUUCUUGCGACGUUUACUGCAAGCCCCAGGACACAUCAACUGGCCACUACACAUGCCAGAGUGGCACUGGGAACAAGAUCUGUAUGCCAGGAUGGAAAGGUACAAACUGUAAUGAAGACAUUGAUGAAUGUGCUCUGGGCUUCUGUGUAAGGGGAGCAUGCACUAAUCUACCUGCUGAUUAUAAUUGUGACUGUCCUCAAAAUUACACAGGCAAAAACUGCAGUUUGUUGAUGAACCCAUGCCGCUCCUCACCCUGUCUCAAUGGAGGGACCUGCUAUGCCCACAACACUGAGCACACAUAUUUUUGUAGAUGUACAACAGCAUGGGAGGGAGAUAACUGUGAAACAAGGGCUGACCCCUGCAAAAGUCAGCCAUGUUUAAACAAUGGCAUCUGCCACAGCAACAUUGAUCACUUGUCUUACAACUGCACAUGCAGCUACCCCUACACUGGCCAUCUGUGUGAUGUCAUCUCAACAACAGUCACCACCACAACCACCUCCACAACUAUACCUACAACAACAACUGAGUCAACAGAAAUCACCACAACUGAAGAGGCUACCACCUCGACCACUACCGCCACCACCACUACUACCACUACUUCUACUACUUCUAACCCCACUAAACCCACAAUGGAUCAAAUAUUUCAAACUUCUCCAAAACCUCCAGGUUCUAAAGAAAACAGAUCUUUGGACUCAGCUCAGUCAGAACAUUUGAGAGAAAACAUUUCUGAGUCAUCAUUCCAAGGCUGGUAUGGCGCUGUUAUUGCCAUUUGCCUUGCCAUCCCUGUUGUUGUCAUCAUUAUUUGUUUUGUCAUGAGAAGACGACGAAGAUCUGAAAAGUCUCCUAGUGGCAGUUCUCUUCCCAGCCCUGCUCCAUCGGUUAUGUUCAAUGGAGAAAGUUUAAGUUUUGAGAACAGCAUGUACCACAAUAAUAACAGAACCAAUCAAGCUCUAGAGAAUAGAGAACUUCCCCCUGUGCCCACUGUUUCCGUGCCUCCAGUAAAUGUGAAUGAAAAUGCCCUAAACCCAACUUAUGCCCAAGUAGAUGAGACAGCAGUAGGAGCUGUUGGUGGAUGUUGUCAAAUGAGGGUAAAUGAAAAGACGCAGAACAAAUCUACUGAGUGUGAGCCCAAGGCUCGGUGGUCCAACCUGCAAACUUUGACCAAGGCAGAUGGUGAGAAAGCACUAACCAACAAUUAUGCUGAUUUUAAAACCCUCAAGGCCCAGGCAGCUAACUCUAACGAAUCAUUAGGUGGCAAUGACCCAGAGUACCAAGAUCUAGACAGCAUCGAUGCCGCUAUGGCCUCAGCAAACAGCAAUCUGUACACAGAGAACAUCUCAACUGAUUCAGUCAACUUGGACAUCCCAGCGCCAAAAAGAAAUGUCUAUGACGUCCCACCAACAAACCUGGCAGAUCCUCCUCCCAGACUACAACGACCCAUCCCUCUGCCACCUAACAUAUACAACAACCCUUCCAGCGGAGCACCCACCCUAACACCAGCCAACACCUACGACUAUCCUCCCAGUGAAAGAUCAAGCGCUACAGCCAGUGAACAUCUGCCAGUAGAGGCUGAAGCAGCUUACUCUACAAUCGACAGCAAAGGCUGUAUACCUGAAGCUCAAGAAGAUUGGGCCAAGUUCUCUGAUGAAGACACCAGUGAUGUUGUGGAGGAAGACUCCAGUGAUAAUGACCAGGAAGAUUUAGCCAAGCUCAAGAAAUCUGUUCAAGAUGCCCUGAUAAAUCUUCAUGCAACUGAAGGGGAAUCUAAAAUUUAAACUUUGGGGAUGAAGAGCUAUCUUAUAAAUUGAUAUAGUUAAAACAGCUUAUUUAUCUGAACAUCUCAAAUAUUGUGAUUGAACAAUAUAAGACCAAUUUUUAAAUUUUUAGGGUUUUUAAAUCUUAACUGUAUACAAUUUGUUUUUAAUUAUAUAAAUGAUAUUCGUUUUCUUCUGAUUUCAACUUUGAGGUAAAUGAGAAGGGGCCGGUUUCCCAAGAAAAUGUAUUUCUCUAUCCAAAUUUUAUGACUAUACUUGUUCUGUUAGUUUUUUUUUUAACUGACUGCAUUUUGAGAGAGUUUUAUGUGAAUAGACAAUCUGUACAGGAAAUCUAGGGAUUGGUUUUCAAUGUACAAAAUACUUCCUCAAUUUUUAUCCUCAUUAAAACUGUCUUCCUGGGUUGAUAACUAGGUCAGCUAUUAAUUACAUUCUAGGUUGUGGUUGGUUGUUGAAAUAUUUCACAGACUUGCCCUACAACAAUUGAUGUUUUUUUUCAAUUAUAAUUGAACUUUGUGAUGAUUUGUUGCUAUGUUUUAUGCUAUGAGGUUCCUGUCAUAAUCAAAAAUAUACAUAAUAUUUUUGUUUUUUUCUUUGUUGAUUUUUAUAAUUCCCUAUUAAACUAUUGAAAUGUAUGUAUUGUAAAUAACAUGGAUGGAUUGUAAUUUAUGUUUUAUAUUGUAAAAGAAGAUGAAUAGGAUUUUUAGAAGGUCUAUAAAACUGUUUUAAAAUUUUCAGAAAACUGUUUUAUUUUAAUCCUUGUGAUUAAUGAAAUAAUUUUAUUAAAUGUGUGAUAAUUUAUUUUGAUAAUUUGUUAUUCUUCAGCAGACACAAAACGUUAAGUUAAACUUCAAGCUUCUGUGAUAAAGAAGACAGAACUUAAUUAAAAAUAAUACAAAAUGUAUAUAACUUGUUAGAGAUAGAAUGUUAAAAAUUGGUUUUACUGAUUAUUCAAUGUUUAGGUUAGCUAAUCCAAGUUUUUAUAAAGCUUAUGUCUUCAUCUAAAAUAGUAAAAAAAUUGUCUUUUUAUUCAGCAUUUGAAAAAGUAAUAUGUCCGUAAAAAUAUAGUCUUUCUAUAAUAUAAUGUUUUUUUUUUAUUGUAUUUCUUAAUGUAUAUAAUAGUUUCUAUAUGGACUUACUGAUUGUAAUCCAUAGCAAAAAUGUGAUAAAUGAUCAUUUCUAAAAACGUCAUUUUAAUGUUAGUUUGUGCCUUUUCACUUGAUUACAACUCUUAUAGAUCUGACAACACAGUUAUACACAGUUAUAAAACUUUAAGCAAAAUGAUAAUCAACUAUAAAAUUUUCCAUACAUAUAAAUACAUAUUUUGAUCUUCAACCUUCAAGCUUUCCUAGCAUUUUUUUUGCAUUUGAUUAAAACUAGUAUUGUUUUACAGGUUUUAAUUUUUCUUGUG